AUGUCAUUGGCCCAGCGUGUGCUCCUCUCCUGGAUCUUUGCCCUCAUGUUCCUCAUAUUGCUGGUCCUCAAACUGGAGUCUAAAAUCAAAUGGAACUGGUUUCUGAUCUUCCUCCCUGUGUGGACUUUUGACACAGUGCUCAUCCUCAUGCUGGUAGUGAGGAUGGCGGGCAGGUGCAAGGCAGACCCGGAGCCUCGGGAGGGCGAGCACAGCCUGGUGCGGCGGCUGUGGUACCUGAUGGCGCUGCUGUUGAAGCUGGCCUUCUGUGUGUUUCUGUGCUGCAGACUGGAGAGGCUCACGGACGUGUGGGUGAGUGUGGUGUGUGUGCCGCUCUGGGUGCUGCUGGGAGGGGCACUGGUGGAGCUAGGGCACAACGUCUUCCACUUCAGGAGGGACUGA